AUGGCGGCUCUUUCUGCAUCGCAUCUGAAGCAUCUCUUUUGGGGAGACUCAAGCGAUAAUGUCGACGCCGUAGAUGUAAAGGCAAACAACGCCCAGAUUGGCGAGGAAGUCUUCGUUGAUGGAGUACUUGUACACCAGGAUGCCAAUGGUGCACCCGUGGAGACAGUCAGCCCAUUGGGCUACCAUGUUGGAUGGGCCGGGAUCCUCUUCCUGAACGUCAGCCAAAUGGUGGGCACCGGAGUCUUCAGUACACCCGGGUCGAUCCUACGAGCGCUCGACUCUGUGGGUCUUUCAAUCCUGUACUGGAUAUUUGGUUUCGUCAUUGCUGCCACUGCCCUUGCAGUCUACCUGGAGUAUGCAGCUAUGUUCCCCAAUCGAUCAGGCGGACAAGUUACCUACCUUGAGCAGGCCUUUCCGCAUCCGGCUUUCCUACUUCCUGUAACAUACGCCUUUUUCACAGUCGUAUUCUCAUUCUCGAGUAGCAAUGCAGUUGUGCUUGCUCGUUACAUCUACCGUGCGGCUGGACACACGGCUUCUGAAUGGGAGAACAAGGGCCUUGCGUUGGCUUCUUACUCCUUCCUUGCAUUCCUAUGUCUGAUUUCCACGAAGUGGUCAAUGCGUCUUAUGAAUCUGAUAUCAUUUGUCAAAUUGAUAAUCCUUCUAUUCAUCGUCAUCACCGGAUUUGUCGUACUUGGCGGCGGGACAUCUGUUCAGGACCCUCGGGCGAAUUUCCGCAACUCUUUCGAUGGCAUUACCACCAAUGGUAACGAUCUAGUCAACGCUUUAGUCAGCGUCAACUUCGCGUAUCAAGGAUAUGCUAACGCUUUCAAUGUUACGAACGAGAUCAAGAAUCCUUUCCCACUUCUCAAGAAGAUUGCCCCACUAUCACUCAUUAUCGUGUUCAUACUAUACGUUCUUGCCAAUGUGGCGUAUUUUGCUGCGGUUCCAGCGGCCGAGAUCCGAGAGUCGGGUGAGCUUGCUGCUGCUCUUUUCUUCGAGGCCGUCUUUGGUACAAAGGCUGCGAGGGGUCUGCCUGCGUUGAUUGCUGUCAGCGCAGCUGGCAACAUCAUGGCAGUUAUCAUUGGGGCUACGCGCCAGAUUCGCGAAUGCGCCCGACAAGGUGUAAUCCCCUGGCCGCACCUCUGGGCGUCGACUAAACCCUUUGGCACGCCUUUUGCGCCUGUCUUGCUCAAGUGGGUCAUGACCUGCAUCAUCAUCCUCGCGCUACCUUUUGGCGAUGCUUUCAACUUCCUGGUGGAUCUGCGAUCUUAUCCGGACUCGAUUUUCAUCUUCUUGAUGGUCGUUGGUAUCUAUGCCAUCCGUUACCGCCGGAAGAAGGAAGGCCUACCACCCGCCCAGUUUCAGACAUGGCACUCAGCACUGAUCUUUUCGGCACUUAUAUGCCUGUUCAUCCUGAUCAUGCCCUGGGUUCCACCGGAGGACGGUGGCGACUACUCGUUCUGGUACGGCACAUACAUUGUUACAGGACUCGGGCUUCUGGCUGGAAUGGGUCUCUACUAUUUUGCAUGGGUUCAUGCACUCCCUCGCCUUCGCAACUAUAGUAUCAGGGCCUUGACCGUGGUCAACGAGGACGGCAGUGUCGUGCAUCAAUUGAAACGAGUGCCGAAUACCGAGGUUGCUGAGUGGGACAGGACUCACGACGAUGCUGGUAAUGUCCUCGGCGACGCCACGAGUGUUGAUGACACGGGUAAUGCACACUUAGUGCACAGAGUCAAGGUCAGAGACACGGCGGUCCAAUACACCACGGAAGAGAAGGUAUGA